GAACCUGUUCCAUGCCAACCAACCACCAACAGUCAGCAGCAACAGGCACAGCCAGGGCACAGAAUGCCCUAAGAAAGCAGAAGCAGGAGGCUCUCAGGGCUCCUAUCCUUGCUGAGUGUUUCUCCUAUGCACUGCUGAGCCCGUGGGCUUACAGGGCAGCUCCUGGGGUGAAGGGGCAGCAGCUGCACCAGGAUUUGAGCUCUCUGGGCCGUGCUGAUGGCUGAAGCAAUGGCCACCGUGGACAAUGAGGACCUGUCAGACUAUUUCAGCAUGCAGUACAGGCAGAAUCUGCUGCCCUUGCUCAAGAAACUCAAACUGACCGAGGAGGACUCUCUGUCUCCAUUUAUUCGCCUCCAGGAGAAGAAGAAAGAAGCCCAAGAGAUGCAAAGGAUUCUGGAGGAGAAGGAAGAGGACUUCAGGGUGAGGAUUGAGAACCUCACCUGCAGGUGGAAGGAGUUGUGGGCUAAGGAGGCCAAGCUGAAGGCUCACAUGAAGAAAUCUGAGAGGACCCUAAAGGACAAUGAUAAAAUGCGAAUCCAAGCUCUAAAGAAAGCUGGCAAAGAAAGGGAGUUGAUGAUACAGAAAGAGAAUGAGCUGCUGAGUGCUAGGAAGGAACUGGAAGAGCUGAAAAAUAAGCACCAGAAACUCAGUGUUGGGGUGCAGAAUUACUCCAUCUUUGGAACAUACCUGGAGGAUGUGGUGAAGAUCUCACAGUUUGAGGAGAUCCAGGCCAUCAUGUGGCGCUACAGGAUGUUGGUGAGGAUGCGCAAAGCCCUUCUGCAAGCAGAACGUGGGCUCAGGGAGGCAAAAGAGCAAGCUGAGGAAUUCAGCCAGUGUGCUGAAGAUGGGAGCCUGCAGUACAAGGACGACCUGGAUCAGCUUGAACUGCGUUAUCAGCAGGCUACCAAGGAUAUUCUCACCUGGGAGACUCGCUGGGCUGACAUACAGAAAACAACUGCCAAGAAAACCCAGGAGCUGGGGGCCAUCAAGAUGGCCAUCUUCAGCCUCUUCCAGCACGUGAGCGAGCAGGUGAAAGGAAGCCUGAAUGUGCCAGUGGAUGACAGCUACACACAGCUGAAUGUGAUUCAGCAGUUUAUCCAGGACCUCAUGGACAUCUUAAUGGAGGUGAGAAGAAAGGGCAUACAGUACCGUUAGCAAGCAGCUAUGCCUAUGGGACUGUGAGGAAGAUGCCAACUUGACCUGGUCUGCCAGCAAAGGCCCAGCAAGAUGGGAAGAGUGAGAGGACAGAGCCCUACAGGUGUUGUAGGCUUUACUAUAGGUUACGUCAGUGAAGUUUCAUACCUUUCUCACCCUUCCCUCCUGCACUGUCACUCACACCUUCUCACACUAUUAAAAACAGUAUGUUUUAAGAUGCA